CGCGCUUCUCGAGACACCCGGUCAGGGAAAGAAGGAAAGAAGGGGCGAUGGGCGGCGGCCAGCGAUCCUGGCGGCCGUCGCCCGCCACGGCCAGCGGCCCAGCUCGGAGCUCGCCCUGAAGGAGGCUGCUCAGGAUUCCCUGGCUUCCCGGCGCCCCCAGUCCCCCGGGGUAUGGGCUGGACAGCAAGGGAUUGGAGCGCGCCCAGAUCCACCCCCGGCCCGGCCCCAGGGGACCGAGCAUCCCGCUUGGCCAAGAUGCGCCUUGGGCGCUCUUAGGCGGAGGCGAGCGGCAGCCCCCAGCCCAGCUCUCACUCGACUCGCCACUGGCUCCCAGCUGCCCUCCCCGGCCUUUCUUCCCCCAGCCUGAGCCCACGGGGGCCGGGCCCUGCCCCGCCCAGUCCCAUUGCGCCCCGCCCAGCCCAGCCGAGAAGGGAAAGAAGGAGAGACGCCUGGCCCCCUCUCCGCCCCCCGCGGUGUAGCUCAGGAGCUCAGGGCGCAUGGAGAGGACCGCGGCCGGCUGCGUGUGCCCGGAUGAGCAGAGCAUCCUUCCGUGUAAGAAGGAGGAGCUGCAGUGUGACAACGGGCUGUGCCUGCUGAACUGGCUACGCUGUCACUACAAGAAGGACUGUAGUCGAGACUACAUGUCCAUCAAAAUCACCUGCUCCAAAAUUCACUCCAACCAGAGCAGCCCUGUCAACAAGUACCCAGUCUUCACAGAGAGCACUGGUGACCCCAGCCUACUGGUGUCUCCUCUGCUGGUGGCUGGGGUGGUCAUCGGCCUGGUGCUAUUUCUGUCCUGUGUGACCAUCAUUGUGGGCAGCCUGCGGAAGGAUGGGAGACUCCGGAAUCACCCACACCUGAGGAGGGACCCUACCUAUGCUCCAGAUGGCUUCUCCUAUGGUGGCUCUGUUGGAGAGCUGAGAUCCACCUGCAUCGAGGAGUUCCCUCCCGCCUUCGACUUUGGUGCCUACAUGGAGACAUUGUCCCAAGUCAACGUGCUGUACCCAGACUCACCACCAGGCUAUGAAGAAUGUGUGGGACCAGGGUCAGCUCAAAUCUACAUCCCCACUGAAGAUCCCCCACCAUACUCCCUGAAUGACCCUUGCCAAGACAGGGAUGUCUCCAUCCAGAUCAGUGCCGCAGAGAUGAGGGAUGAGGAAGAAGAAGGGGCCUCUUUGCCUGUGGCCGAGGGGGAUCCUGGCUGUUCCAUCAGAUUUCCCCAGCGACAGGCGGCCAUCUCCACUAUUGCCCUAGAAACUGCACCACCCUAUGAAACUGUAGUGCAUGACCCAAAUGUGCUACUUCCCCUUCAGAGCCUGAAAAGCUCCCCGACUGAGUACCAGACCCUUCUCGAUAGGACUGUGUAACCAGGGGAAGCCUUCACCAGCCCCACUCCAUAGGGGGCCUGACUAACUGCAAACACAUGUAUACACAUGCAGAGAAAAACAGCAACACAAUACCCACGAGGUUGGGGGCAGAUGUCAUUCAAUAAUAGAAUGAACCUCUCACCACCAGCCCAAGGUACAAACUCCUUUUCUGUUUGCUGUCCCUUUCAGAAUCUGGGACAUGCAGGGGCAUUAGCUUUCUUUCCUUCCAGCCCCUUCCACUCCCCACACUUUCCCAGCAGGUUCUCAAAGUUGGUGGAACCCAAGUAGGCAAAGUCUGAUUUCUGAAUUGGGAAUUCUUCCCUAAACUGCUACAGCCUCGGCUCCGGCAGCCACUGGGCCAUCUCUGGAGUCCUCCGUCCUCCCUGCACUUUUUGCCCCCAUCCCUGUCCUUUCUCCAGAGAGACACAAGAUAGUCAGUCUGAGAGGGCUAGCAUGGGCCAGAAGUCAGGGGAAAUAGGCAAGUGUUAUUAAAACAGCUCUUGCUCUCAAUGGAAAAAGAAUUCUCCCCUAUCAAAUGAGUUUGAAUGUAUAAAAUGAAUGAAAUGAGUUUAAAAUGAGUUUGAGUAGGCAACAGAUUGGCAUCCACCAUCCAUGGGACUCAACCCAGUAAGAAGACCAAUAGUAGGUACUCUUAAGCCCUCCAAACCAAUUCCUAGAACCUGAAUUGGAACUUAUCCUUCUCAGACCACUAACACAACCCUAAGGUUGGCUGGCCUAAAUCAGAAAAAUCCAAGUAAGCCAUGCUGUCGGGUUAUUCCCAGAAGGCCCACUUUGUGAGCAUGCCUGUGGGGGAAUAUGGGGGUCAAGAAGAAUGUGGGAGUCCCAAUUUUGGCAGGACCUGGGCUUAUUUAAAGGGAGGCAGUCCCUCACAGACCUAAACCUCCUGGUCCUCAUUUUCUGGCAUUAUUAGCUUCCAUCAGAUUGCCUCUCCAUGGUCUGGGACUAGUUGGUCCAAUGGAUGAUGUCCUGACAAGAGAGUGAGUUGACUUGAUCUGAUAGUACAACCACUUCUCAAUAUUUGGUCAGUGUUUUCGCUCUUAGUUCAAUUAAGCAAACAUCUAUUAAAUACCUAUUGUAUGCAGAUCCUAUGCUGGGAAUCAGGAGAUAAUAAAGUUUAGAUAAGAUAUGGCCCAUGUCCUUGUUGAACUAGAAUCUAGAGAUCAUCUAGAAUCUAGAAUCAUACAUCAUCUAGAGAAAUUUACCAACUAAUGCUUCAAUCAGAGAGAAAACAUCCUUUUGGCUGAGAGAUGGAUUGGGUUGGAAAUACAAGUCUAAAUUUCAGUGGGUCUAUGGCUGCACACUUUCCCAGAGAUCGAUGUGCUUAAAUCAUCCUCCCUCACCCCCAACCCAAGCAUGUUUACUUAAUACACGGACAAAAGGCCAGACAAUUUUGGCUUUGAAUCUCCUGGGAAGGAUAGGAGAAAGACACAGUUCAGAAAAAAGGGAUGGAAACUCAGUGUGGGAUCAGCCCCAGAAUUCUUCAGCCGUUGUCAUAUCUUGUAGUCUCAUCAGAUGAUCCUCUGAUCAUCAUGAGAACAUCCACCUGGAAUCCAGCUAACCAGACCAGAAGACCAUACAGAGGCUAAGAAAGGGGAUGUGCUUCAGGAGGGGAAAGAGACUGAUCGAGUUAUGUCAGAGCCACAGACUUUUCUGAAAACGUAGAUGUGGAGACCAAAUGGAGUUGUGCUGGAACCUCCAUUAGGGGGAGCUUUGGAUAUUGGGCCACUGCUGCUGCCAGCUGCCAUUGUUCCAGAAGUGGUCCUGCAAAAGGCAAUGUGAAGCAGUCCAGAAGUUCCAUUUAACCCGCCAGUCAUAAUUCCAGCUCCUAACCCUCCUGCUUUUCCCCAGAGCUGAGGCUUUUGCUCUAAAGGCAGAGUGGCGAUUUCCAAAGAGCAUGGGAGCUGUAGUAAGAAGACUUGAAUCUGAAUCCCUGUUCUUCUAUCUACUACCUGUGUAAUCUUGGGCAAAUCAGGACCUUCCUGGAAACUUGCAGUUUCAUCUGUACAAUAGGAGGAUUGAGCUAGAUGAUCUCCAUGGUCCUGCUCUUAAUCCCUUACUCCCAGGUCCCUAUGGCCCAUUUUUAAAAUACCAGGAUUUUCAUCCUGUUUCUUGCUCCUCCCCACCCCAUUAAAUUUUCCAACUCCAGUGAAGGGCUAUGACUUUUCUUCAAUCACUUUUUAAGGAGCUGGGGGCCAGGCGGGGGGAGGAAAAAAUGAAGAUUUUAUAUUUUACUCUAUGUAAAAUGAGAAUUUCUUCCAGUGCUAUUCACUGCUUUUCAAAGGCUCUCUUUAGCUCUAUUUACGCCUUGAUGUUCUAACUCAUUCUGUGGAUUCUAGGGAUUGUUUACAAACAGCUAUCUGUUUACCUUUGUGGUAUUACUGUUUUAUAGGGAGAAAUAUAUCUAUCUUCUCUCUCUGUUGUACUGUAUAGAUUUUUACAUGCACUGCAGGGCCUUGAGUCUCCUAAGAAACCUGUCCUCCUUUCACACUGUAGCAAGCAUGGGUAACCAACCAAAAAACUUUCAGGACACAUCAGCUUUUGCAGCUGGCUACAGAAACGAGCUGGACAUUUUUCUUUCCUGGACUGGGCUCUGAAUUGAGCAACAAUAUAUUCUUUCUUCGUUCUAAAUACAUAACAAUGUAGCACUUGUAGAUGUAACUUAGUAAUCGAGUGCACAGCUGGACUUUUCUUGCUUUUUUGAAACUUGUAAGGAAAGGAAAUGGUGAAAACAUCAGCUGAUUUAAAUGCCUCGAUUUAGCAAGUAAUGUUUUAACCCAGCAAGCCUUCACCUGAAGUUUCUUCAAAUUAGAAUCAGUAAGCAGUACCAAGUGUUUUAUUGUUCACACAGGAUGAUUUUGCAGCUGGUUAUAUGCUGUAAAUGACUUGCUGGAAUGAUUUUCUUUUUUUAAUCUCAACUGAAACCUGGUAUCAUUUUUUUUUUGAGACUAUGACAAAUGUGUUGGUCCUUGAUAUAGGUUACCAUCUUUAGCCCUGUUCCAGCAAUACUGAGUCCAGGGAUUUCAGGGGAUCACACAGUUUUAAAAAGAGUAGUCCUUACUCAACUUUCAGGUCAUUCUGGCUUUUACCACCAGAAAGACGUGUAUCAAGAGUUAACUGUAGAGCUGUUUUUAAUUAUACAAUAAAGAACUGUUUCGCAUUUCGUCCA